AUGACACAGUCUUUUGCGUCUACUUUCGCCGGCCCAACGUCAAAAGAGAGGAAGUAUGACCGCCAGCUCCGACUCUGGGCAGCUAGCGGUCAACAGGCUCUCGAAGAUUCUCGGGUUCUCCUUGUUAACUCAGACGGCCCCGUGGAUAGCGACAACGCACCUCUCACAGGAGUCGUCGGUGUCGAAACGCUCAAGAACCUAGUUCUGCCGGGAAUCGGUGGGUACACGAUCGUUGAUCCGGCGACAGUGUCGGAAGCUGAUUUAGGCGUGAAUUUCUUCUUGAGCGAGGAUAGCCUGGGAAAGUCAAGAGCGGUGGAGACAUGCAACUACUUGCGGGAGCUGAAUCCGGACGUUGAGGGGAUAUGGUCGUCACAGCCUAUCUUAGAAAUUUUAGGACAACAACCUCGCUUUCUAGCAUCCUAUAGUCUUGUCAUUAUUACAGGUCCGAUGAGACAAUCUACUCUACAGAUCAUCUCCCAACGAACACACGAGCUUUCCAUUCCCUUAAUAUACACCCACUCGGUUGGUUUCUAUUGCUCAUUUUCCCUACAACUGCCGUCCGUAUUUCCAGUCGUUGAAACACAUCCAGAUCCAGACUCCAUGCAGGAUCUUCGACUCACAAAUCCAUGGCCAGAGUUACUCGCUGCUGCGAAAAAGGUGGAAAAUCUAGACGCCCUUGACGACCACCAACACGGACACGUGCCGUAUCUAUUACUUCUACUACACUACCUCGAAAAAUGGAAAAAGAGCCACGGUGGAACAUACCCGCAAACCUAUAACGAGAAAACCGAGUUUAGAGAAAUGGUUCGCGGCGGAGCGAGGACGGGCAACUCCGAAGGAGGGGAAGAGAACUUUGAUGAAGCGGCGGCUGCAGUCUUGAAAAGCAUUAGCCCUUGGACUUUACGCAGCAGUUUACGAGAUAUAUUUGAAAUGGAUCAGUGUUGCAACCUCACUGCAGCCUCUGAUAAUUUCUGGGUCAUUGCUCAUGCUGUUAAGGCUUUUUAUAAACGACAUGGUGUAUUGCCUCUCCCCGGGUCGCUACCAGACAUGAAGGCUCAGUCUGCAGACUACAUAUCGCUACAAAACAUAUACAAGUCAAAGGCGCGACAGGAUCUAGCUGAGGUAGUCGCGGGCGUCCGUGCGGCUGAGGCCCAACUGGGUGCUGAUCGAAUAGUCUCGUCGAUUUCGGAAAAGGAAAUUGAAGUAUUUUGCAAGAACGCGGCACAUAUCAAGGUUAUUAAGGGGCGUAAACUUCCCCUCCUAAACGUGGAUGAACCCGAGCAAGAAACAGUGAAGGUUAUCCGGAAUAAUCUCGGAAAUAUAGAGUCUCCAAUAUCGAUAUUUAUCUCCCUUCGAGCUCUCGAUAUUCUUGUUACAGAGUAUCAGGAGGGCAAGUUUCAGUCAGCGCCAUACCUGUUCCUUGACGACCCUGGAAACUGGCAGCGAGCUGUUUCUAAGGUUAUCAAUGCCCUUCAAGCCAACGACUCUGGGAGCGUGGAUGACGAGGCGCAAACCAACAUCCGCAACGCGGUUCAAGAGACUCAGCGUGCUGGGGUAGGAGAGUUACACAAUAUCUCUUCGCUUGCGGGGGGGUUCGUGGCACAGGAAGCUUUGAAGGUGUUGACAAAACAAUACGUGCCACUUGAUAAUACCUUUGUUUUCGACGGAGUUAGGAGUCGAGGGAAAAUGUUUAGACUGUGAAGGACUAAGGACAACGGACAUACUGGGUAUCAAUUUUGAGCUCCUCGGCCCAAAUAAUAUACAUGAAGGUACAGAGUACCCCGUAGAUACAUUGGAUGAUGGCGUUUGUUGUUAUCCGCUCGGCUAAGUAUUUCUGUGCCCGCCUCAUGCUGUCAUUCCCCGGCUUUGAACGCUGUGCAUACCAUGUUCCCCAAAUAGCCACGGUACGGGAGACAUUAUUGGUAGAUACUACGACAAUCGAUGAAGCGCCAGGGGCUU